AUGACGCUUGAAGAGAAGGAUAAGAGCACGAGCGUGCUGGUCCUGCACGACGAGGGACUGGACCCACAUCCCUUCCUGGCCCGUCUGACGGGCACGCAAGUGCCGCCGAACGGAACGGAUGGAGCGGACGGAGAGGAAGCAGCGGUGCCCUGGACCAUCGACAAUAAGUACUACACUGCCGACAUCACUUUUGAGCCAAGGCCGUUGAGUCUGCCCGUCAACGCUGCGUACCCCGUACUGCUCUACGUGUUUUCUGGCCAGGCUCCCAACCCCCUCCCGGCCGAACUGACACGGCUGGUAGUCCGCGACCCGCCGCCCGACAUCACGCUUGCCGUUCGUGUUUCCGAGUUGCCCGAGAAUGGACGGGUUGGGGACUUAGACGAGGAGGUCUUCGACGAGCUCGGCGUUGAGGUUGUGGACGAGCUCGGCGGGGCGGAUGAGGAUGAUGAGCGGCCCCUCGACCCGCUCGAGACCGUCCGGCAAACCCUCAUGACCCACAUGUGGCCCAACAUGGCGCGUAAGCCGGCUCCAGGGCCCAGCGGGCGCUCCGCCCCCAGACCAGAGAUCACGAUCUCCUCAUCGCCUUCCUCUUCCCCCUCCUCAUCCCCUCAAAGACAAGGCUUCCCCGUCCUCUUUGCGAACCACACGGGUCCCCCGCCCGCCCAGCGACAGGGAACGGCCAGCGACUUCCCCACGCCUGAGCCGCACCCCAACCCCGACCCCCCCUCUGACGAUGAGGAAGAGCCGGAGAAUGGAGAUGGCGGCGCGUAUGCGCCCAUGGACGAUGAUGAGGGGAGCUUCGGGGAGUUUGCACAGCCGUCCGCGGACGAAUUUGCGCGCCUCGACGCCUGGCUCGAGGAUGAGGGUGAUGAUCUGGCGGCGUUGGGGAGAUUGAGGGCGUUGGCGGACGGAGCGGGGGGAUUCAGUGCCGCCGAACUGGGUGAUGAUUUCGGUCUGGGCCCGAUGCCCGGCCUGCCGUCGUCUGCGCUGCCCCCGUCCUCCGACCUCGCCGCUUUCGACAACCUGCACAUCUCCCCCUCCUCUGCUCCCAACGACUCUGCUCCCAGCUCGGCCAACGGCACGAACGGAGUGCCUGGGGGGAGCGGGUUCGAGGACGACUUCGGUCCCGCCCCGACCGUCGCUUCCGGAGAACCGAACAUUCCGCUCGACCCGACGCCGUUGUUGCUGCACUUGCAGAAUGUGCGCGCAGAACUGGCAGACGUGGAGGAUGAAGACGAACGUCGAGUCCGGGCGGCCAGGGAGGUCGCGCAGCUCAUGGGACAGUUGGGAUUUGGGGAGGGCGAUUUGGGCCUGGACGAGCUCGAGUUUGACGAUCAGUUAUAG